UUGGACUCAGGAUCAUUUUGAGGGUUGGAAAUAACCAGCAGCACGGUGCUGCCAUGGCCACCCCACGGACAUCUUUCCUGUUUUGAUUGUUGGUCCUUUUGGACUCAGCAGCGUCCAAGGUGGUGGAUCGCCGGCAUUUCCUCCUCCUGCCUCAAGUGGCUUCUGUUUGUGUGUGGGGGUCUUCACUUCCCAGAGAGCCCCCGCGCGCCCAGCCGCCACCCCGUCGGUUCCCGUUCCCUCGGUUCCCUUCCGCGUUCCUCCACCGUCCGCUCAAGUUUCCCGUCAGCACUAGCUCCUCUCCCCUGUCUUUCCAUCUGUGACUUUAAGAUCUGCUUUCUGUGAACGUGCAUCACUGCAAAGCACUUGAGGAGUUCACGGACCCUCAGUCGCGGGGGUGGGGGACCCUAAGGGUUUACAACUAGGGUUCCGGACAGAAUGGGGACAGUUGUGGCGUCCAUCUCAGGCGUGCGUGCUGGGCCCCGGAGGGCGCUGCUCCAGGCUGUGGUGGCUCAUGCGGGACUCUGGUCUCCUCUCCGCACAGGGCCUGCUCCCCGGGACCACCCGGAAGCCAGGACACGGCCGGGUCCCAGGUGAGCGCGUGGGAACGUGGUCGGUGGCAGCCCUCCUUCGGCCACCUGCUCCUUGGCCUCCUCAGGCUCCAGGCCCUCCCCUGGGGGAGCCCGCCCUCUUCCUGCACCUCGCGACCGGUCAGGCCCGUGUGGAUGAGGAGCUGUCGCCCUGUUCCGCGCCGGUGGCGACGCCAUCUAGGGCGCGAGAGGGAAGGGCAGCGAGACCCUCGCGUUCGGCAAGUGCCUCCGCUCUCACCUUUGGGGGCCUCUGCCUUGUCUCCCCAGCCUCGCCGCCGGGAUUCUUCCUUUCGAUUCUCGGUGUUCUUGCGCAGACCCAACGUUUAUAAUGGUGAUGUUAAAAUGGACUUCUUUCCCCUAAAUCUCUCAGUGGUUCAAACAUUUCCCUAGUCAUUUAGGUAAAAAUAAUUGUCUUCUAUUAAGUCCUGUGCUGCUGAAUCCAUUUUCUCAAAACGUGGUCCCUGUGGAGUCCUCUCCUCAGUUGGGCCUUUUCUGUGGCUUCUGAUUAGUUAAUUCUAUGAAACCCAGUGCUUUCUAUUCUUAACAAAUAUUUUAUCUUGAUGAAAAUAGUUGUACAGAAAAUAAAAGUCGCCUAUACAUGUUUUUAGGUCAGUACAGGUGACGACGGGGGUUGAACUGUGCCCCGGACGGCCUGCUGCGGCCCGAACCGUGCAGGUGCCUGUGAGGCGACCUUAGUUUGACCUUCGUUUGAAGGAGACUCAUAGCUGUGAUGAAGUUGAGAGGUCAUUCUGGUCUGCGUGGCCCCCAGAUCCGGCGAGUGUGUCCUCGGGCGCGGGCUGUGUGACCGCGGAGACCGGAGGGACGCGUCUGCGAGCCGGAGAACACGGUAUCAGUGAAGACUGAGGAAGCAGCCGCCCAGGCCCCCGUCACAGAGCAGCGGCCGCCUCCGAGUGUGGCUCCUGGGAGCCCCUGCGGGGACUCAGCUCAGGCGGCUACGAGCUUCCGUCUGACGGCUGAAGAAGUUGUAACUAAAGAUGGAUUAUUUAAUGCAAAGAAAGAAAUUUCUGAAGAAAUGGAGCACAGUGCGGAGGCCUCAGGAAUACCCAACAGCGAUUGUGUGCCCCAGCCGCCUUGUACCUCUGUCCACACGGACAGGACAUUUACCCAUUUGAACACACUAAAGGACCGUCACCCGGGUGACUUAUGGGCCCGAACGCACAUCUCAUCCUUGGAAUAUGCUGCAGGAGACAUGACCCGAAAAGGGAGGAAAAAGGACAAAGCUCGAGUGAGUGAACUGCUCCAAGGCCUUGCAUUUUCUGGCGACUCAGAUGUGGAAGAAGAUAACAAGCUUGAGGCCCACCAUGCUCAAAAAAAGCUAAAGACGUCAAACUUGCCGGAGAAGAACUGGACCAAAAGAGACAUUAAACCCAGCUUCCCAAGCUGGUCAGCACUGGAUUCUGGACUUUUGAAUCUCAAGAGUGAGAAGCUGAACCCAGUAGAGCUCUUCGAGUUGUUUUUUGAUGAUGAAAUAUUCAACAUGAUUGUCAACGAAACCAAUAAUUACGCAUCUCAGAAAAAUGUCAACUUGGAAGUCUCAGUUCAGGAAAUAAGGUGUGUGUUUGGUAUCUUACUUUUGAGUGGAUUUGUGAGGCGUCCCAGGAGGGGAAUGUACUGGGAAAUCUCUGAUGCUGAUCAGAACCUGGUUAGAGAUGCAAUUAGAAGGGACAGAUUUGAAUUGAUUUUCUCAUACCUACAUUUUGCAGAUAAUAGCCACCUAGAUCAAAAAGACAAGUUUACAAAAUUGAGGCCUCUCAUAAACCGAAUGAAUAGAAAUUUCCUCCUGUAUGCUCCCCUGGAGGAAUACUAUUAUUUUGAUAAGACAAUGUGUGAAUGCUUUGACAGUGACCAGUUCCUGAAUGGGAAACCUAUUAGAAUUGGCUAUAAAAUUUGGUGUGGCACAACCACACAGGGUUAUCUGGUGUGGUUUGAACCCCAUCAAGAAGAAUCAGUGGUGAUGGUGGAUAAGAAUCUUGAUCUUGGUUUAGGUGGAAAUCUAGUGAUGCAUUUUGCUGAUGUUCUUUUAGAAAGAGGCCAAUAUCCCUAUCAUCUGUGUUUUGAUAGCUUCUUUACAAGUGUCAAAUUGGUGUCAGCCCUGAAGAAAAAAGGAGUAAGGGCAACAGGAACAAUUCGUGAGAACAGGACUGAAAAAUGUCCCCUCAUGAAUGCAGAACAUAUGAGAAAAAUGAAGAAGGGAUAUUUCGAUUUCCGAGUGGAAGAAAAUGAGGAGAUAAUUUUGUGUCGUUGGCAUGGUGACGGCAUCAUCAGCCUGUGCUCCAAUGCUGUGGGCAUAGAACCAGCCGGUGAGCUAAGCUGUUCUGCCGCUGAGGGGGAGAUCCGUCAGGUAGCUUGGCCGUCUAUAGUGAAGUUAUAUGAUGAAUGCAGGGAAGGUGUAGCUAAAAUGGAUCAAAUCAUUUCCAAAUACAGGGUGAGAAUAAGAAGCAAGAAAUGGUACUCGAUUCUGGUGAGCUACAUAAUUGAUGUCGCCAUGAACAAUGCGUGGCAGCUACACAGAGCCUGUAACCCAGGUACCUCUCUAAACCUCCUGGAUUUUCGGAGAUACGUUGCACAUUUCUACUUGGAGCACAAUGCUAAUCUGUCAGAUUAAGGCAGAUAAAAUGAACACGAUGCCGGUAUUAACAAGACAAAAAAGUUACAGGUACAAAUGAGACUGUAUCCUUCCAAAGCAAACCUGAUGUAUGUAAUGGAAUUAUUAAAUAAUAUUUUAAAAUCAAACCUCUAUGUAGUUUCAAAGACCAUUAAAAAAAUUACUUGUUACAAUAACCUGUAAAAAUGUUGA